AUGUCUUUUACUUCAGUUGAGGGAAAAGUUGCCUUCGUUUCCGCAGCCUCUGGAAUUGGUGAAGCUGUGGUAACUCGCCUAGUUAAAGAAGGUGCGAAAGUCACCGUCGCUGAUAUUCAAGAUGAACUCGGUAAAAAGCUUGUCGAAGAACUCAAUUCCGGAAAAACCGAGACAGUUGCCAUUUAUGAACACGUCGAUGUAACAAAUUGGAAUGAAUAUUUGGCUGCAUUCAAAAAAACCGUACAAGUAUACGGUCGUGUCGAUAUAAUUGUGAACAAUGCCGGUAUAUUUGCAGAAGGUGAUUGCUUGUUUGAUGAUUCAGACGAACCCCCAAAUGCGUUAAAAAUGAUCGACGUAAACUUAAAAGGUGUUCUUAAUGGAACAAAACUCGGAAUUCGAUUUUUGAAGCAAAAUGGAAAAGAUGGUGGAGUUAUUGUUAAUACUUCUUCAAUUGCCGGCCUCUUCAAUUCGCCUCUUGUUCCAAUCUAUUCCGCUUCAAAAUUUGGUGUGGUUGGUUUAUCGAUUUCCGUUGCAAUAACUGUAACUGUACAUAAUAUUCGCAUAAAUGUGAUCGCACCAUCAGCAGUAGAUACGCCAAUGAUGAAAUCUGUGAUUCAUACAAUUCCCGACGAUCAUAAAGUAGAAAUGCGCAAAGUUGUUGAUGCAUUCAUCAAACUUUUCACCAAUCCAGCUUAUAAUGGUGAAAUUAUCGCUUUAUAUCCAGGAGGUGUGUCUGCCUUUGUUGAAAAAUCAAUUUAUGAAUUACCUACAAAACUUAAUGAAGGCAUGAAACAAGUUAUAAAUAAAUAUGGUGAUGACUUUAGGAAAUCAAAUAAACAAACAGAUGAAGCUUCAACAUACCGUGAAUUAAUUACAGAACCAAUUGCACUCACGCCUAAGGAUAAUCGAAUUAUCAAUCAUUCGGAGUUACCGUCGGUAAAAGAUGAAUUGUCAGUAACAUUAAAAGUAAAUAUUGCGGCACAUGGUCCUUCUUGGGCUACCAUUUUUCAUAAAGGAGGAGAAAACGGACGUACCCCUUCACUCUUUCUGACACCAAAUACUUCACACGCACGUCCACGUUUCUCAAUAACCGAUAAUUAUAGUUUUGGGAUUGAUUCGAUUGGUGAUGGGCUUUUGCUUAACCGAUGGUAUCAUAUGGCAUACACACUCUCAAAUUCUGAAAGGCGGAUGGAUUUUAUAUUGAUGGUUCAGAAAGUCUUAUUCAAUGAUGCACCGUUAUAUAUUGGAAAUGAUCUCGUAGAGGAUGCAAUUACUGGACAAAUUAACAAUUUUCGUUAUUAUAACUUUCGAUUAUCUCAAAAAGAAGUAUUAAUUGAUUAUAUGGGGGAAGAUCCAACAAAGAGUAAUGAAAUAAUAACACCAUCAAAUGGAACCAUAGCACCAUCAAACGGAACAACAGUUUAUGGAUAUUCAUGUCCGGAAACAAGUGGAGUUUUAGCUGGUUCAAUUAUAGGAUCAUUUUUUUGUGGUAUGAUAUUUCCUUCACAAAUAGGGUUACAAUUUUGA